AAAGUAAGGACUGGACCGACCUCCGCACCCGGAAGAGCUUUCACUGAAGCUAACGCUAAACAUGUGUUGACACAGGUUAACUAACUUCAAAUAAAUUAGUACAAACCGAACCUUUUGACCAAAAUGUCUGCUAAAAACCGGGAUAACGAUGAAAACUUUGAGGGACAGUCUGCACUUAAGGAGGAACUGAACAAAAAGAUCAAGGAGCAGAAAGUUGUGGUGGACGAGCUUUCCAAUCUGAAGAAAAACAGGAAAGUUUACAUCCAGCAGAGGAACAGUAAUAUAUUCUUCCUGGCAGACAGAAGUCAGACACUGGGUUCGUGCAAAAAGGAACUGGAUAAUAUGAAAAAGGAACUGCAGGAUAUGUGAGACUGAUCUCCACCGCAACAAUGUGUGGCAUCUUUUGUCUGCUGAGUCUGUCGCCCGCUCACUUUGAGUGGGACAAAACAGUUUACGAACAUUUGAAGAGAAGAGGGCC